AUGGGAGCGAAGACGUAUAACCUCCUCCGCAGCCUCAUCGCACCAGCCAAACCCGCAGACAAAACUAUUGAGGAGAUUACAAGAACACUCAAAAAUCAUUUGAAUCCAGCACCGCUAGUGAUCGCGGAGCGCUUCAGAUUCCAUAAGAGAAACCAAGCAAAGACUGAGACAGUGUCAGAGUACAUCGCAGAUCUGCGGAGACUGGCGGAACAUUGUCAGUUCGGAGAGGGACUAUCUGACGCAUUGAGAGACCGGUUCGUCUGUGGUCUGCAUAACGAGAGUACGCAAAAACGCCUUUUAACAGAAGAAAGGCUCACCUUACGGCGUGCGGUGGAUAUCGUUGUGUCAGUGGAAACCGCAGCAAGAGACGCCACUGAACUACAAGUGGCCAAGAAGUCUUCAGAACGAGUUCGUAUUUGUGGGGACUUCAAGUGGAUGGAGUCUGCACAAUUGGACCAGCACAAUGUAAAUAUGUUGGCUGAGGCGCAGGAGUUUGUGCUGACAAGAAGAGCGGAUAUUGUGCGUGCGCUCUGCUGCAGCGGCUCCAGUGAACAUUUAGAAAGCGUGCUGGAUGUUCUCCUGUCGCGGGAGCAGUUGACAUGGGAGGACCACCUGAAUGUUCUGGUACCCGGGAGGCCCAUCCAUACCAGCACCAGGCGGCUGCUCGACCUGGUUUGCUGCAAGGGCGCGGAGAUGUGUGCGCACUUGGUGACUGCGCUCAAACUGGUUUUGCCUGAAUCCAAACUUGAGGAGGGUAUAAGUGGCGUAAGUGAAGAGAGGGCAGGUGAAUGUAUGAUACCUACGCGCAGCCUGGUGACGCAAAGGGCAAAGCUGGUGCUCGAGCUUAGGGACUCGCUGGGUGGGUUGUUGGAUGUGCUGGUCACUACAGGACAUUUUACAUCUGCAGACGUGGAAGCGGUCAAACUCCCCAUAAAGACACCGUCGCAGCAGGUAAGGGCUUUGCUCGACCACGUGCAGGUCAAAGGAGAGUCUGCAGCAGAAGUGGUUUUACAGUACGCUCAGCAACAGCGGAUAUGCACCACACUUCGUAAUGAAAGUGAACCGAGAGUGCCUGAAGAGGUUUACAGAUACCAGAAAAAGCUGAGCAGUUCUGUUUUGGCCCAGUCCUCAUUUGUUGACACAUAUGGGGGACGCAGUGUCAUGUGUUUGGAUGACAUCUACACGGAGGGUCAGCUGGAGCUUCCACCUGACAAGAGUGAGACCAGUCCAGGGCAUCUGAGCCUAGAGGACAUCGUCGGUGUGGUGGGCACCAGGAACACCGAGGCUGACACUGUGCUAUUGUCUGGAGAUGCAGGCACAGAGCUGAACAGAUGUCAGGUCAGAGAAACAGAGCACUUGAAAAACCCUGUGGGCCUCCAGCUCGAUCAUAACUAUGUUGGGGAUGUUGGUGUGGAGCAACUCCUUCCCUGUCUGCACAUGUGUCAAUCGCUGUACCUCAGACACAAUAACAUAUCAGAUGAGGGCAUUUGCAAAGUGAUCAUGAAAGGAAUCCUUUGUGAGAAUUUCCAAAAAAUAGCGCUUUUUAACAAUAACCUCACGGAUAAGUGCAUGAAAAGCUUUUCGGAGCUGCUGAAAAGGAAGACAAAUUUCCUUUCACUGAGGCUUGGGAACAAUAACAUCACUGCAGAGGGAGCAAAACAAUUGGCAGAAGGCUUGGGACAGAAUCAUUCACUGCAGUAUUUAGGACUUUGGGGAAAUACAAUUGGUGAUACAGGCGCAAGAGCGCUUGCAUGUGCAUUAGAAAACAGCAAAUGCCUGGUGUGGCUCAGUUUGGUAGGUAAUAGUGUUGGCAGUGCUGGAGCAUGUGCUCUUGCCAAUGUCAUUAAGAAUUGUCCUUCAUUGGAAGAGCUUUGGCUGACCGACAACUGCAUAACUCUCUCAGGUGCAGAGAGCCUCACUGAAGCUUUACAACAUAACCCCAGAAUGAAGUCUGUAUGGUUAAGAAACAAUCAUCUCAGUGAGAAGGAUAAAGAGCAGUUAGCAAAACAGGAGCCCAGGCUGCUGUUCUGA